GUCCCCAAUCCCCUCAUGGACGCCGCGAGCCGCACCUGGCCGCCGCCCAACCCCUCGCCGGCGCCCUUCUCCUCCCGCCUCCGCGCCUCCUCCGACUCCCACCGCCGCCGCCGCCGCCGCCACUCCAAGAAGUCCAGGCCGGAGCCGCCGCCACCGCCUCCCGCGCCGCCCAAGCCCGCACCCGUCUUCGCCGGCUUCGCCGACCUCCCGCAGGAGCUCCUCCACCGCGCGCUCUCCGCGUCCGGCGCCGCCGACGUCUCGGCCGCCAGCCGCGCGUGCCGGGCCUGGAGGGACGCGCUGCAGCCGCUCCGCGAGGCGGCGGCGCUGCACGCGCACGGCCGCCGCCUCAAGCACGGGCCCACCGUCCCGGCCCCAUGCGGAGUCGAGGGGCGCGACGUUGCGCGGCGGAGCGCGCUGGGCAUGUUCCAGCGCGCGGCGAGGCUGGGAUCCGCGGCGGCGAUGGUGGACGCCGGGCUGCUGUGCUGGGAGGAGGGGCAGCGAGAGGAGGCCAUGGGGUACUACCGCAGGGCGGCCGAGCUGGGGCACCCUGUCGGGAUGUGCAAUCUCGGGGUCUCUUACCUCGAAGCUGAUCCACCCGAGGCCGAGGAAGCUGUUAGAUGGUUUUAUCCAGCUGCAUCCGCAGGCAAUGUUCGUGCCCAAUACAACCUAGGACUCUGCUUGCAGAAUGGAAAAGGAAUCAAGCGGAAUCAACGAGAAGCUGCAAAAUGGUACUUGCGAGCUGCAGAGGGAGGGAAUGUACGAGCCAUGUAUAACGUUUCCUUGUGUUACUGCUUGGGUGAAGGGUUUACGCAGGAUCAUGUGCGUGCAAAGAAGUGGCUGCAACUAGCUGCUGACUGUGGUCACAAGAAGGCUCUUUAUGAGUGUGGUCUUAAACUAUGUGCGGCAGGAGACAAGAUCAGGUCUUUCAUGUAUCUAGAGCUGGCAACACGCCGUGGAGAAGCAGCUGCCUCACAUAUGAGAGAUGUAAUGCUUGAAUCACUCUCUCCCAUGAAUACACAACUUGCCCUGUCAGAGGCUGAUAAAUGGCGACCGAAAGCCCUCUAUACCAGAAGAUGACCAGAUGGACCCCUCCAAAUACAGACCAUUGUGCUGGGCAUUGGCUACAUCAUCUCCAAGUCCAAAUCGGAAUAGGCAUCCCUGUGGGCCAAGCGGGUUGGGGCAUUGGCUACAUGAUCUUCAUGUUCACCUUAGCUCUUCUUUGUAAAACCUACCAUCCCAGACAGCUUCUGGGGAACUUGGUCAAGUGGCAAUGAACUUGGUCAAGCACGCAAGAAUUUCUAUGGCAAUAAAACUGUAUAGUGUACAGCGUAUAAAUUUCUUGGUUCAGUUGGCCUGAAGAUUGAACCAUUGCAUCUCUGUAAUCCAUAGAAAUUCUUGCGUGCUACUGACCAGAUGUGUGAAAACUCUGCAACUAAAAGGAACAAUGUGCUAAAAUGACAUGCAGCUUUGGUCA